AGCAUAUUAGAUGAUGGAAAUUCCUCUGUGAAAAUAGAAAUAAAUGUUCUCAUUGAAAAUUCUUUACUUGAAAAUAUUAAAGGUCGAUGGGAAAAUGUGCUAUGGAUGCAUGAUUUGUUGCGCCAAUUGGGUAGGGCAAUCAUACGUGAUGAAGAUAAAGAACCCGGUAAUCGUAGUAGGUUGUGCGAUGCUAUGGAAGUCUGCGAGGUAUUGGAAAAUAGUACAGGAACCAAAGCAGUUGAAGUCAUAUCUUUGAACAUAUUUGAAAUUAAAACAAAUGUGAAAGUGCGUCAUGGAGCCUUCUCAAAUAUGCACAACGUACGAAUUCUCAAAAUUUAUUAUUUUGAUGACAUUCGUCCAAAUGAGUUUCUCCAAGUUUGUGACAACAAUAUUGGUGGCAAUAAGUUCAAACUGUUCGUUCCUCAAGAUCUUGAUUCUUAUCUUUCUAAUAAGCUAAGGUAUUUUCAAUGGGACUUAUACCCUUUAAAAUGGUUGCCAUCAAACUUUAUUCCUGAGAAUCUUGUUGAACUUGUACUUCGUGGCAGCCGUGUUGAAAAGCUCUGGAAUAAUCAUAGAGUUGUGGUAUGCUUAAUUUACUUAUAUUAUAAUAGAUGUUAAUAUACAUGCAUAUAUGUACUAAUGAUUAACCCCUUUUCCAUGAUAUUGUUACAGUCUCUUCCGGUGUUAAGAAGGAUGGAUCUUAGUUAUUCUAAGUUCCUUACUCAACUCCCAGAUCUCUCGCAGUCUCCAAAUCUGGAAAGUAUAAAUCUUGCAGGCUGUACAAGCUUGGUUCAAGUUCUUUCAGCUCUUCAAAAUCUU